AUGGGUUUUCAGGCCGCCCUGGCCUCCACGCUGCUUUAUGGGAGUCUGCAGCAGCGGGGCCUUCUAAGCAUUACAGACCUGACGCGCGCGCCAGCGUGGUCCCUGUCCAACGCCAAUGGCAGUGUGUCAGUUGGCGGCGCAUCCCUGCCGGCAUACGUGCUGGAGGUCCUUGAGAAGCAAAAGCUGAUCCCUGACCCCCUGCAAAGGUUCAACGAGCGGAAGCUGGACUGGGUCCGAGAUGACACAUGGACCUUCACUCGCCGCUUUACGCUCGCAUCCCCCUGGGCGGGCGGCGAGCUGGUCCUGGCCGGCGUCGACACACACCGCACUCAUCGCUUCUCGCUGCCCGCCGACGCGCUGCGCGGGAACGGCGACGGCCAGAAUCAGCUGUCCAUUAAACUGAAGCCAGUCAAGUCUGAGGCGCAGAAGGACGCCGCUGCCUACGCCUAUGCAGUGCCGUCGACGGCGCACUUUGGCUCGUUCGCGGAGCACAAGGGUUUCAUCCGCAAGGCCGGCUCCGACUUUGGCUGCUCUGAUCCCGACGCGCGUCCCGUCGCCGCUGGGUCGGGCUCAUACCUCCAGGCAACCCACCUCCGCCAGCUGCACCAGGGCGCCGCCGGCCCCGUCCGCCUGACCGCGCACAUGGUCGUAGCGCGGCCGGCCACCGGCGGCGACGACGCAGCCGCUCUGAUCGUGCCUACGGGGUCGGCCAGGCUUCAGAUCCCCGAGCUUGGGGUUGACGUGUCGCAGCAGUUUUCAGGUGGUGAUGGCGCGUUUGACCAGGGCGGCGCCUGCCGGCGCGUUGCGGGUGACAACGCUGGGGCCCGGGUUGAGUGCGACAUCUUCCUGCAGGUCGACAUUCCCAAGAGCAACAUCGAGCUGUGGUGGCCCGCUGGCCAUGGGCCCCAGAAGCUGUACGACGCCGUCGCCACCUGGCACCCAGCCGGCGGCCUUGGCAGCUGCUCAGAUGCGCACAUCAUCAACACCGACGACCCCGCCGGGAUCGAGGACGCCAGCAGCCUCACCGUCACGGCUCAGGCAGAGGCUGCGCCGCUCGCGCUGCAGGCUUUUGGCUGCUCCGAGGCGAAGAGGCAGGUGGGGUUCCGGACUGUUGAGCUGGUGACUGUCCCGCUGGCAGAGGCGGCCAAGGAGCUGGCACCUGGCACAAAGCCUGCGACUGGGGACGGAACUGAGGGCGAGAGCAUGUACCUGCGCGUCAACGGCGUGCCCAUCUUCCUCAAGGGCGCCAACCUGAUCCCCUUCCACGCCGUGCGCACACAAGUCACCCCUGAGAUGAUGAUGAGCGUCCUCAAGUCGGCCACAGAUGCCCACUUCAACACGCUGCGCGUGUGGGGGGGCGGCAUCUACCAGACCAAUGCCUUCUACUCUGCCUGCGACAGGAUGGGCCUGCUGCUCUGGCAGGAGGCAAUGUGCGCCCUGUACCCGGCCGACCCCGAGUUCCUCUCUGACGUACGCCAGGAGAUCCAGGAGCAGGUGCUGCGCAUCGGCCACCACCCCUCCAUCGCGCUGUGGGGAGGCAACAAUGAAAACGAGUGGUCCCUCACAUGGUACGACGAGUCAUUGCAGAACCGCCAGUUCUACCAGAAGGAUUACGUUAAGCUUUACUUCAACACCGUGGCGAGCGAGAUUGUCAAGCUUGACCCGGAGCGCCCCAUUGUCGACUCUUCCCCCACCAACGGGCCCUUCUACACUGGUGCUACUGCAGAGGGGCAGCUGCCCACCAGCCUGAGCAAGGUUCUUGAGACCAAGCGCUGGGGCGACGCCAACGCGGCCAAGUGGGGAGACGUGCACCACUAUGACUACUGGCACGACUGCACGGCCCCCGGUCUGGUCCCCGCGGCCCGCAUGAUGUCGGAGUUUGGCUGGCAGAGCGAGGCCCCCUUUUUCUCAAUGAAGGCCGUCACCCAGCCCGAGGACUGGGGCACCUGGGCCCCUGGUGCCAAGUACCGCCAGCGCUGGCAGGAUCACGGCAUUAAGAUGAAGACCGACCAGAUGGGCAUCGUGUUUGGAGGCCUGCCCUCCCACAACUUUACGUCCGAGGUCGCCUCCACGCGCGCACAGCUCUACUCUGACUGGAUCUACCUGGCCCAGGUGUGGCAGACUGUGUGCUAUGAUCACACCAUUUCUCUGGCGCGCCGCUCCAUGCAUGACCCGGCCAAGCUGUCCAUGGGCACCCUCUAUUGGCAGCUCAAUGACGUUUGGCAGGGCCCCAGCUGGUCGAGCUUUGACUACAUGGGCCGCUGGAAGUACCUCCACCACGCGCUGGAGCGCACCUACGCGCCCCUGCAGCUGCAGGCCUUCGUGCGUCCCGAGGACGACACCGCCGCCGUACUCCUUGCGUACGACGAGGCCAAGCCCCUGCCAGGGACCGUCGCCGUGGAUAUCUACCUGCAGGCCCUCUCCGCCGGCGGCGCCGGCGCGAGCGGUGGCGACGCGACCGCAGAUGCGGCGCCGACGUGCCUUGGGGGCGCAGCGGCACGGGCAGGGUCGCGGCGGCUGGUGGGAUCGUUUGAAAUCGAGGCGGGAAGCCUGAUUGGCGCAGAGCCUGCCUGGAAGAUGAGUAUGGAGGAGCUGCUUGCCAAGUUGCCUGGCUGCAGCCGCACCAGCUGCUAUCUGCGCGCCGUGGCGCGCGAGGUCGAGGGUGGUGCCAAGGAGGCUGGCAGGCGCGGCGGUGCCAAGGGGAUGCUGCUUGGGGCUGCUGGCGAGGACAAUGCGGGGCAGGUACAGGAGGCCGUCGCGUUCUUCUCUAAGCUCAACGCACUCAACCUGCCAGAGGUCAGCGUGCGCCCCCACUCCUUCACACAAACUGGCCCCAAGACCGUCGACUUCAAGAUCACAGCUUCUGGCGGCACCGCCGUCCACGCGUUUUGGGACGCCUCGCCCGUGGGCCGCUUCAGCAUCAACGCCGUCCCGGCGCUGCAGCCGUGCAAGACGGUGGCGCUGCGGUUCGAGGCUGUCGAGGAGGUCAAGGCGUCGGAUCUGGCUGACAGCCUGACAGUGUGGACGAUGAAUGGCGCGCUGCAGGGCAAGCAGCGGCCGGCGCUGGGUGCAAUCUGA